AUGGCAUCGACAAUCGCGAAACACUACGCGCGCAUCGCCGGCGCCUGGCCCAAAGACGUGCUGCGACCCACUGUACAGUUUCAAGAUGCCCUGAAAGCGCGUGCCGCCGCAGCCUCCGCCGCACCCGAAGCCCAAGAGCUGAGAAACGUCAAUGCGCUUUACUCACUGCUGGACAACCGCUAUGCGAACAAGUACCCAACCUCGCCCUCACUGUUGAAGCCGCGCAGCAACCCUUCGUACUACGACGACCUUAUGGUCGAGCUUUCCCGGGCUCCGGAGCGCGGGUGGUUCGAACGCCUCACCAACAAGUGGAAGGGACUACUGAGGUUGAAAUAA